AUGAACGCGGAGAAAUGCGAGUUUCUUGCUUCGAAUAUGGACAUUGAGGUGAUACCGAGAAUCAACGAAAAGGUGAUCCAUUUGAUAUCUGGAGACGUCGGACCAUUCGAAGCGGGAAUCCCGACUCGUAUUCCGGUUUGGAUGGCUCUUAUGCUAAAACGUAAGCACCAUUGUCACAUUGUGCCGCCAGAAUGGAUGACAGUCGAUGAGCUCAAGAAAAUCCUGACGGUUGAGAACGAGAUUGUCGGAUUAUCGCAUUUGCCGCAUAUGUUCUUCGAAUUGACUCAUGUGUUGGUCAGAGAAGCAAAAGAUGAUAUUUUUGAAGUUGAUCAGGUAAAAUCGCUGGUUCAGGAUAUUUAUGAUAAGCGCGAGGCCAAAAUGCGAACAUCGAACGAAACUUGCCACGCGCAACUCGACGGAGUCCAGCCAAUCGAAAUCGCCUCAAGUCGCGCCACUCUCGAAGCCUGCAAGCAGAUGGCAGUCCUUCUAAGGAACAAACAUCAAUCGAUGCCGCAAUAA